AUGGAAUACAAACAGCAGACGGGCCUCGUGGCCCCGCGCCUCAUCAUCCACGGCGGCGCGGGUAAUAUCACCCCCGAGAACCUCCCACCGGAACGCUACAACGCCUUUCGGGAAGCUCUGUUGACAAUAGUCACCAAGACCCACGCCUACAUGACCACGCCUUCGCCUGGCAUAGCGGCGGAAAAGUCCAAGGCGCAACUCCUGCCAGACGCGCUCGACGUAGCCGUACAUGCAGUCCUGCAGCUUGAGGACAACCCGCUGUUCAACGCCGGCCACGGAGCGGUCUUCACCCGCGAUGGUAUCAACGAGCUGGAGGCCUCCGUCAUGGUGUCCCGCGGUCAUGCGAAGCGUGCAGUGGGUGUGGCUGGCCUGCGGAGAGUGCGCCACCCAAUCCUGCUGGCUCGUAAAAUCCUUGAACAUGGAGACGAUGACCUCAGCGUAAACGACAGCCGCGGCGCGGCUCCAGAUGUGCCAUCUGCCCAGGGCCACACUCUUCUAUUUGGCGAGACGGCCGAGGUCCUGGCGCGCGACCAUUACGGGCUGGAGAUGGUAGAGCCUGAGUACUUCUUCACUCAGCGUCGGUGGGACGAACACAUCCGAGGCCUGCAGCGGGAGCGCGAGUCCAACGGCCGGGCCUCGGCGAGCUGGUCUGCCAAGGAGUACGUGCCGCAAGGCACAGUCGGCGCUGUAGCGCUUGAUUCCAACGGUGUCAUAUGCGUUGCGACAAGCACAGGUGGCCUCACCAAUAAACUGACUGGGCGCAUCGGAGACACUCCCUCGCCCGGCUCUGGGUUCUGGGCCGAGGAAUGGGUUGAAAAUGGUGACCCCACUGGUUCGCAAGGCUUGCAAAAAAUGCUUUCACAGCCUGGUCCAGCUGUUCAGCUGAGCCCUUCCCUCCAAAGUCUGAUAGCCGACUGUCUUCCCACUCCACUGCUGCGCAUGCCUUUCCCCAACGAUCAGAAGCGCUCAGUCACCACAACACGCUCCUUUGCUGGGUCGGGCACCGGCAACGGCGAUAGCUUUAUGCGUGUUGGGGCGCUCCGGACAGUUGCCGCCAUGGCGCGCUUCAAGCAGAUCUCCUCAUCGCACGCUCUCAGCGCUGUCGCUGGUCCCGGAGGAGAGCUUCAGCGCAGUGCACAGGACAGAUGGGGCCUGAAGGGCGAAGGCGAAGGUGGAAUCAUUGGUAUUGAGUGUGCAAUCGUGACCGAUGAUAGGGGUCGCAUUAUGGAAUCGAGAACCGAUAUUGUGCACGAUCACAACUGUGGCGGUAUGUUCCGGGCGUGGGUUGAUAUCAACGGCGAGGCGCACUUCAAAGUUUUUCUGAACGAUGCUGGUAUGAUCUGA